UUCAACGCUAUAGGAAAUGUUACAAGAUACUGUGCAAUAAAUUCCAAUUCCAACUAUAAGAAAACAAGACCUGUUUGGGGAGAAACGGAUUCUUCAGACUGUCAAUACAACACGAGUGAAUACAUCAUCACCAAGAUCGAUGAAAUAAAAAGAUGCAUGAAGAUGAAGAACCUCGAUAGUUCCUGCAGGAAUACAACCAACGUUCUUAUUGAUAACCUUCAUAAACAAUCCAGGAAAGAGAUGAAGAGCCAAGACCUCAUAACGGCUGUCUAUGCUAUCGAUGUCAUCGCUGCUAUGGGCAAACAUAAAAACUUUAUGGACAAGAAAAACGGUGAAAAGAUUGUUAGCACGACUAGCAACUUGCUUGAACCAAGAAACUCUAAAUCUUGGCAGCAAUUACGAGAGGGCAAGAAUGCACAUAUUCCAAAAACAUUGGUGAGGGCUAUGGACAUCUUUGGACGCAUCAUAGCAAACACAUCGCUCACGAAUACCACUAUUAUAAUCGGUAGAAAUCUAGCAAUAGAAGCAAAGAAGAUCGAACCCAACACUGAGUUUCCUUUAGAUGGCGUCAACUUUACUUACAAUGAGUCUUCCAUAUCACUACCUGCCGAGAUCUUCGACACUAGCGAGCAAAGCAUAGUAGUUAACAUCAUCUAUCUGACGCUGGGAGACAUUUUACAGCUGCCGCUUAAUUAUACAGAUCUCAACAGAAAGAGAAUGAAUGCAGUGAACGUUAGCACUACUACAAUAUCAAGUACCGUUACCCCGAGGAAGGAAAUCAAGACAUCCGGUGUCAAAAUCAUUUUGAAGAAUAAAAGAUCGUUCCCAGAGUUAAACGAUUCAUCGUCUCGCAUCUGUGUGUCCUGGAACCCUGAAAGUAGUUAUGGCGCAUGGUCAGACUAUGGUUGUCAGCUGGUCCCUGGUGAAUCAGACUCUGAGAAGACAACAUGUGUCUGUAGUCAUCUUACUUUAUUUGCCACGUUCAUGGAUCCUCAUCAGAUACCGCUAUCAAGUAAUGACAGAUUCAUCUUGGAAUUCAUCUCGACUAUCGGAUGUGCUAUAUCUCUGUUCUCCAUCGCUUUAACCAUGGCUGUUAUACUCCCGAACUGGAGAAGGCUCAAGUCGCCAAGAAUUGAAGUGUUGGUGAACAUCUGCGCGUCCAUUGGGAUCGUGUGCUUCUUGGUGCUAGUUGAGCACCCGGCGAGACAAAAUAAGGUGAUGUGCAAAGCGAUGGCUGUUCUUCUACACUACUUCUUAUUAACGGCCUUUGCUUGGAUGUUUUGUGAGGGGAUCUUGCUGCACAUGGUGCUGAUAAAAGUGGAUAUGACUGGUGCUACACGUUACAGCAAGAAACAUUUGUAUUUAAUAGGAUGGGGGUUCCCACUGCUGAUCGUCCUCAUCUCGCUAUGGGCAACUGAAUUGAAAGGUUAUGGCGACUCUCCUUAUGUCUGCUGGCUAUCUGUCAAGAAUGGUGUGACCUGGGCGUUUGUUGCUCCUGCUCUUGUGGUAAUCGGGGCAAAUCUGAUGGUGUUGAUGAAAAUCAUUGCUCGUCUGAAAAACUUGCAGAAAAUACGAAACAAUUCACUGAGAAAACAGGUCGCGACUGGUACCCGGGCCAUCGCGGCCACUAUGCCCUUGCUAGGAGUCACGUGGUUAUUUGGCAUGCUUACCUUCCAUACCAACCUGACGGUUUUCAAAUACUUAUUUACUAUUUGUAAUUCGCUGCAAGGAGUUUUUAUCUUCAUAUUUCAUUGUCUUUUAGAUCGACAGGUUCGAAAGGUUUUCAAGUCCUCUCUUCGGCGGUCAAAGCGUCGCACGGGGCCUCAGCCUCCCGUGAUUCAAAUGAAGCCAUACAAACCAUACAUUAUCAAUACUCCUCAAGAACCGAACCGUCACAAGGAAAGACGAAAAGCUUGUAUUAAUAACGUUGGCAUUUUUUGAUAAUUAGUUUUUCAUUUAUAAAAAAAAGCGAAUAUUUUUGACGAUAAAUAUAGACUCAGCAAAACGACUGACUCAUCUAUUAAUAUAGAACUACCUUGUUAUUUAUUGAUGGCUUUUAAGACUCCAACAAUUUAUAUGACAUUUACUAGAAAGAAAAAGCCACUGCUAAGCUAUAAAACUGUGAGUUGGUAUUCAGCGUAAAAAGCGCGCGAACUAUUGACGCGCGUGCAUUCGAAAUGACGUCAGUGAGAUUGCUUUAUAAUAUCGAUAGAGCAACUAUCAUAAAUGUACAACCUGCCCUCAAGCUAUCACGUAAAGAGAAAGAUAUAUUUUCGUAAUAGCUAGAACUAUCAAAAUUAAGGAUUCAUAAAACUUGAUUGUUGCUUUUAUCACAGCAUUUUCCUCUAGAAGGCAAAGAGAGGCCUGGUAAAAACGCUUUCUUUGUGUAAGCACGUCUCGGAGUAUUUAUUUAUAUCAUGUUAAGUGGAUUGAAUUAAACCAUGAAUUAACAUUUGAAA